UUAGGCACAGAGGCCAAUGCCGGGAAUCAACAGCGAGGAGGUGCUGGGGGCAUCGUAUCGGCCACGACGACCGCAACAGACAUUGUCAACCCUGUUUCAGGAGGAACAGCCCCUAGCCCAACUCAAGAUGGGCUUGUCACCAACUGUAACAACUACGCCAGUGCUACCGCCGGAGACGGCUGUGAAGCGUUUGCCACCCGAAAUUCAAUUGUACCAACACAGCUUUAUGCAUGGAACCCUGUCCUUGGCACUGCUGGUUCUGAAUGCUCAACCGCCCUAUGGGCUAGUGAGUACUACUGUAUCGGCACGUGGAAGCCAACCCAGACUUCUGCCGUGACUGCACCGGGCCCAACCCAGACUGGGAUUACGUCCAGUUGCAACAAGUACGCAGAGGCGAUCUCUGGUGACGUCUGCAGCGUCUUUGCCUCUCGCAACAACAUCACAACCGCUCAGCUCUAUGCUUGGAAUAGCGUGCUGGGAUCCAGUGGAGAGAAUUGCGCGGGUUCCAUGUGGGCGGAUGAGUACUACUGCGUCGGUGUUUCUGGAUCAUCGUCCGCAGCAACAACGACACAAGCUACUACAGCCACGGCUGCGGUCUCGACAACUGCGACUCAGGUAACAGCUCCAGGCCCAACCCAGACCGGCAUCGUAUCGAGCUGCUCCAAGUUUGCCAAGGCGCCCUCUGGAGUUGUCUGCGGCGACUUUUCAAGCAGCAAUAGCAUUUCGACUGAUCAGCUGUACGCCUGGAACACAGUUCUUGGCAUCAAUGGAGAGAACUGCGCGUCUUCGAUGUGGGCGAAUGAGUAUUACUGCGUCGGCAUCACUGUAGCUGCCCCGGGCCCGACGCAAGAUGGCAUCAACUCUAACUGUGCUCGGUACGCUGAAGCACCUUCAGGAGCGACCUGCACCACUUUUUCAAGCGCUAAUGGAGUAACGCUGGCUCAAUUGUAUUCUUGGAAUCCGGUUUUGGGGACGAAUGGGGAGAAUUGCGCGUCAAAAAUGUGGGCAUUGGAAUACUACUGUAUCAGCAUCACCAAGUAG